AAAGUAGAAGAAAUGCCCCGUUCCCAUGAAAGCUUCCACAUAAAACAUCAUUUCCUAAAACCUUCCAAACUCGAUCUCCAUCACGCUAAUUUGCCAUUUUCAUCAAACCAUCUUUCCUUUCUUAACCCAUCUGUACCACUCCUUCCACCAUGCCAAGAUUAUCAGAUAUUAUUAUUUCCUACUUUCAAUUAACCGGCCUCUUAUUUAAACCCCCAAUGCAAGAAUAUCGAUCGAUAUGAUCGAUCUCCAUAAUUGCAGGCCAGGCCAAUCGAAUUGAAGCAAUUGAAGCAAUAUAUAUAAUGGAGGUGGGAGGCGAGGUGGUGUUUGAGGACUUGUUCCCAUCAAUGGUGGAGAAGCUUGGAGCAGAAGGGUUCUUGAAGGAGCUGUUUAACGGGUUCCGGCUGCUGACGGAUGGGGAGACGAAUGUGAUAACGUUCGAGAGCUUGAAGAGGAACUCGGCGCUGCUGGGGUUGCACAACAUGAGCGACGAGGAGCUGAGGUGCAUGUUGAAUGAAGGGGACGUGGACGGAGAUGGAUGCCUGAGCGAGAUGGAGUUUUGUGUGCUCAUGUUCAGGCUCAGUCCAGAUUUGAUGGACAAAUCUAGGAUGCUGGUUGAGGAUAUCAUUGUCAAUCAUUUCUAGGCUGGCUGGCUAGGUUACGUUAAUUAGGAUAUUUAAUUUACCCCAUUGCAUGUAUGGU